AAAGUCAUAAUCUUUGGCUUCUUCUUCUUCUCCAUCUUAACCAUGGGCAAUGGGAUCUCUCCUUGCUUCAACCCCGCCUCCAAGGGCGGCCUCGUCAAGCUCAUCUUCUGGGGCGGCGCCACCGAGUUCUUGGCCGAGAAGCAGCUCGCCGGGCAGCUCAUGUUCCGGUUCCCGGACCGCAUCGUCUGCCACGCUGACUCGUUCUACAUCGGCCACCCCGUCCCCGUCCUCUCCAUCGACGACGAGCUCCUCCCUGGCCAGGCCUACUUCGUCCUUCCCAUCGACAAGUUCUCGUGCCACGAUCCCCUCACCGCUGUGUCGCUCGCCUCGCUGUCCUCCGGCCGCACCAAGCCGUCGCUGGCCGGCAACGGGGAAUCCCCCUUUGAGUACGUGAAGGGCGAAGACGGCCGGCUGCUGAUCAAGGUGCUCCCGGAGUUCAUAACCAAGGUCAUCACCUCUGUCGAAGACGGACAAAAGUGUGGCAGCGACGGGGGGACUCUGUGCACUACGCCGGAGUUGAGGAAGCACUACUCGCAGCUCGUCGGGCCGAGAGAUCACCCAUGGUCGCCGAAGCUGGAGACGAUAUCGGAGACCAAGAAAAGGAUAUCCGCAGGCAGGUUAUCGCCUGUUCGGCUAUUAGGGUUUGAGAGGAGAUCAUGUUAACUCCUCCUGUUUGUUCCACAUGCAUCUAAUGUUGCGUACGUCCGAAUGUCGCAGGUGAAAGCUAGCCGCUCUGAUUAGGGUUCUUAGAGCAAGGUGUAUAUAUUUAUGGACAUACAUAAUUUAUGGACGACUACCUCUCUUUUAUCUUUUA